GCUUUUUUUGUUUAAUAAUAAAGAUAAUUAAAGUUAAUUUCUCAUUCAAUGUCUUUUGUUUAUAUGAUUUUUGUAAAUUAAAAAUUUAAGACAUUAAAACUAUUCAGGACCACAUACAAAAUUGUUUUGUAAGGAAAACACAAAGAACAAGAAUUGGAAAGAAAAUGGAUUUUAGUGGAAGGAGAUCUUUAAAACAUAAAAAACAGCUGCAACAGGCCAACUCUCAUAGCUGGUUAUAAAAAGAGCAUUUCAUAGAGGCAGAGUCCCUCAGAGGCAAACAUGCAAACAAGCUCCUGGUAAACUUCUACCACAGUACUAUCGAGAUAAUUCUUUCCCAAGGUGUGAUCAUGAAGUAUUACAGCUUAGAAAUAAGCCACUACAUCGUGUGGUCUGGACGGCAGAACUGAUCGUUAGGACUGAUCUCCCCAACCUAGAUAGUGACCAUGCCAGCCAACUAAAGGGAAAAGCUGGCAACAUCAGCAGGAAACUCAGGAACACCUUUAUUUCCAGGGCUAUUUCUUCUUUUGCAUCACGCAAACUUAAAUUUCCCCACCCCUAUACAGACGGACAGUCAGCACUUUAUUUUACUCAGCUCACAGCUGUAUAGACACUUGUGGUACGAGAUCUCGCGAGAUUAAAACUGACGAUAUUUCUCGUCAGGCUUAAACCUCGCGGGGCAAAAAAAACAGUUAAGUGUGGACUUUUAAAGAGGGAUCUGGCAACCCGAUAGCGAUAGAGUAUGGUGGAGAGCAGCUCUCAGCAGAAGAGGAAAAUUCAGGCAUUUGUAUAGAAGAUGCUUCUGCUACAUUUAAGUUGUAUGUCUGGCUGCAUUUUGGCUUUCCUGUGGAAACAAUAAACGUCCGCCCUGUCCAUCACACACCCAGUCCUCCCUGUCCGUCACUGAAGAGUUCCUCUACAGUAUAAACCAGUGACCAGCGCUCCAUCAGUUUAUUCUUCACUCACUUCUGAGGUUCAUACACUGGUACAUCCUGAAGACUGUGAAAGUGCCUGCCUUUUCCAUCAUGUCUGACAUUGAGGAGGAGCAUGAGGAACAGGCUGGAGGCUUUGAAGAAGAACGGCCAAAAUACAAGCCAAUGCACUCUCAACUGGCUCCUAAAAUCCCAGAAGGGGAACGAGUGGACUUUGAUGACAUCCACAGGAAGCGGAUGGAGAAAGAUCUACUAGAGCUGCAAACCCUGAUUGAAGUUCACUUUGACCAGAGGAAGAGAGAAGAGGAAGAACUGAUCGCUCUGAAAGAGAGAAUUGAGAAUCGCAGGGCUGAGAGAGCCGAGCAGCAGAGGGUCCGAGCUGAGAAAGAGAGAGACAGACAGACCAGGAUUGCGGAGGAGCGUCAGAGAAAGGAGGAUGAAGAGGCGAAGAAGCGAGCUGAAGAUGAGGCAAAGAAGAAGAAAGUUCUGUCUAAUAUGGGAGCACAUUUUGGAGGCUUUCUAGCUAAGGUAGAGCAGAGGAGAGGAAAGAGACAAACAGGGAGGGAAAUAAAAAGGAAGACUCUGGCAGAAAGACGCAAACCACUCGCUAUUGACAACCUGAGAGAGGAUGGACUGAGAGAGCGUGCUCGAGAGAUGUCGGAGUGGAUCUACGAGUUGGAGUCUGAGAAGUUUGACCUGAUGGAGAAGAUGAGGAGGCAGAAAUAUGAGAUUAAAGUUCUUCUGAAUCGCAUCUCUCACGCUCAGAAAUUUAAGAAAGGCACGGGUGGCAAAGGAAAGGUUGGAGGUCGUUGGAAAUGAAUAAACACCAAUAUAUAUAUAAGAUUUCACCACUAAAAUAUACAAUAUUUCACCAGUAUUUAGUGGCUAAUUGCACAUAAGAAGUAAUAAAUAUUAAUAGUGGUUUGCUAACUGUAUAAUAAUUAUUGCACACUAAAACAUGUCCAUUUAACCAAA